AAUGACCAAAAAGGAGAGACCCCUUAAAUGUUUAAAAUAUGUUGCCUAUGGCUUAUGUAUCGUAUGUGUUGUAUCGUUGAUAGUUGUACUGGCCUUACAAACCCCACCGUCUAACCAAUCACCUAAUAGUGUAUAUUUAUUAUAUACCGAAAUGAACAGGAAAACAUUUACUGGACUAUUGGUAACGUUCGGUGUGAUCGGUAUAGUCGUCCAAUUGAUAGCUAUGUUCGGUAUAUUCAAACAACACUACUGGUCGCUAAUCGGCUACAGUAUAGUGACCAGUAUAAUGGCCGGUCUGUGUCUGGCCGCUGCCAUUAUCGGCCAAAUCGGACUUAGCAGCUACAACAGCAACAGCAUCGGCAGCUAUGCCGGUGUCUGGUAUCUGACUGUCCUGUUGUUUGUCUGUUCCGCGACUACCAGUUCACUGGCCAAACGUUUGCGCCAGUUGGCCAAAUCGACCAGUACGAUUGUCUACGUAGAUCCGAUGACCAAUCAAAAUGUUAUCUACCAGGUCCCGAGUGGUCGGACUACAUAUUUGGUACCGGGUGGUCAACAACAACAGCAAUUACAAGCACCUGGUGGUGAUGGUACUAGUAGUCUACCGGUUAAUCAACCAAUCGGUAGUUACGGACCAUACCAUCAGCAGCAACAGCAACGGCAGUCUCCUACUGGAGUUCCCGAUCAUCAGCCGUUUGGCGGAUUUCCCGUCGGUUAUGGACAACAUCCGGGAAUGAUAAUCAAUCCGGCAAUUGGUCAACAAUACGGUGAAGCCGGGCCAUCAUCAUCGUCAUCGGCGGCUUAUAUUGGCGGUCAUGGCUAUGGCUAUCCGCCACCACAUGUGAUGCCCAACGAAGCGCCGCCCAGUUAUGAACCGCCAGGUGUUUCGUCACCGCAUUAUAAUACAAACCCGACAAACAAUGAUAACAACACCGAUGAUAAUACUAACCGACCGGAGGAGGUGUUUGUACCCCCUGUUGUCUCAUCGGGUAAAACAAUGCCACCCGAACCCCAUUGGAGAUCAUAA